UGCAGCAGUAUGUAUAUAGCAUGAUGGAUCAUGGCGCCACGGAGUUGAAGAAUAUAUUUUUAAUAAGAUUUAAAGUUAAUUUUCGCGUGAAGCUGAUAUCCAAAUAAUUUUUCAAAUGGAAACCCGAGCGAAUGACGUGUUAACGACUGUCCCGUUAGCAACGAUCAAGGAGGAGCCAGUCGAGCAAACUGGCGGCAAACAGGACGUACAACAGUCUCAAGUCCAGGAUGAGGAAUUCGAACAGCGUAUCGAGUGCACGACCGAGGGACAGGAGACCGAGGCGCGCACGUCCCUUUCGAAAUGCAUCUUCUGCGGAAAGUUGUUCACUUUCGGCGAUGAUCCUAAGCUCCUCGAAUGUUUACACGCAGCUUGCUCGACGUGUGUCAAUAGCAAACUAAACGAUCACAAUACCUCCGUUGACGUAGAUGUAUUGUUGGAGAGUAAUGUGAUUGCUUGUCAGAUAUGUAAUGUUACGACACAGGCAGAGAAUUUGAUCGAGAACAGAUUCCUUUCUAAGUUUAUAGAAGAAGAUAAUAGUCCUGGUACUGACGAUGAAUCCAAGGAAACAGAAGAGGAAAAGAAAUGUACCAGCUGCCAUGAUAAUGCUACUGCCACAAGCUGGUGUGUGGAAUGUGAAGAAUUCAUCUGUCAGAAUUGUGUUAUGGCCCAUCAAAGAUUGAAGAUAACAAAAGAUCACACAAUAAAGCCAAAGGAUGAAGUGGCCAAUGAUAGAGAUAACGUUAAAAAGAAUGAGAAGAAGAUACCUGGCUAUUUAUUUUGUACGAUUCACUCGCACGAGCAAUUGUCCUUAUUUUGUCAAACGUGCGAUAAACUUACUUGUAGGGAUUGUCAGUUGAGCGAACAUAGAGAUCAUAAGUACAAAUUCAUUCAUGAGAUUGCUGCCGAAACGCGUACAUCUGUAUCGACUUUACUUAAAGAAGUGAGUUACAAACGAGUUUUAUUAAAAAGCGCGAUGAAAGUUAUAGAAGAUAGACAGGUUCUCAUCCUAGAGAAGAAGAAAUCUUUAAUACAAGAUAUAACGCAAAUGGUGGUGCAGUUAACGAACGCGAUUAAUACGCGAGGAAAGCAAUUAAUUAUGCGGUUAACCGAAGUUUGCGAUCAAAAGCAGAACACAUUGAAUGAGAAGAAAGUUGCUUUAGAUCAAUUAUCCAAACUUACGGACCACUGCAUACAAUUUGUAACUCAUGCCUUAAAAAAGGGUUCGGAUAUGGAACUACUUUAUAGCAAAAAAUCUGUUACGAGUCAUUUACAGAGGAUUCAGAAUGUUUUCAAAUUCUACGACAAUUUAAAGUUUCUUUUUUCUGCAACAGUGGUAUCGUCGAUCGGAGCAAUAGUCGUAGAUGGCAGAGUGUAUCCUUCGAUAUCUCCAGUAAGCGGAGCGAAUACACCAUCUAUACCAUACAACGAGUCUCAAACAGAUCAAAAGCAAUCGAAUCCGACGAACACGCACGAUGGUUCUUCCUUGUCUGGACCAGCACCAAUCGUGACGCAGCAGUCGGCCAAUAUGCAACCAAAUUCCUAUCAGCAAGUGCCUCUUCAGCAUGUAGCAGCGUCUCAACAGCAGCAGCAGCAACAGCAGCAGUCGCAGAAUUACAUGCAACAUUACCAGAUAAACAACGUGCCGGCUCGGUCUUCGCCGCAAGCGCACCAGCCGCGCGUACCAUACGUUGCUUACAACAAUAGGCUUCCACAGCCGAUGAUGAUGCAGCAACGUCCGCUGGGUAGUUGCCACCAACAAGUGACGUCGUCCACGCAUCCUCAUCAGCAGGUUCAUAUGGAUCAGCUUGGGCAGAACACGAGUUUACGCGGCCUUUUGGCUCACAACCCGCCACCGUUCCGACCAUCUGCGAACCACGUGUCGUACCGACUGCCGCCUUACAGGUAUCCGCCGAACGGAUCUCAGCGGCCGGUGCCUCCACCCGCGUACCAACCGAACGUGUCCGGUAUCCGGAUCCAGCAGUGCAACCCGACUUCACCGUCCGCUCAGCACAUGAAUUAUCCCAUGCAACAACCGACUGCGGCCCGCUGGCACAUACCGCAAAACAUUAAUCCUUGUCUUCCGUUUUAUACUUCUCGUCACCAAACAAUCGCACCUUCCAUGCCAGUUCCUACAAACGAUACUUAUAAGAUAACGUUAAAAAAUCAGCAAUCGAAUCAAAAGUUUAGUACGCAAACGAGCACCGCCGUCACUGAAAAUCCGCCUCAGCAGAAUCUGGCGAAUUCCGUAGCCGGUCACGCGGUCAGUUCAUCCGUGCCGAAAACGCCUAGCCCUGUGCCUCUUGGGAAAUCGGACGAGACCGAGAAGAGUUUGGACAAGUUUUGUCAAAAGUCAUUGAACGAUUUGAUGCUGACGAUAGCAAAACUGGAUAGCAAUGGGAUCGUAGUGAUACCGGAAGCUCAACGAAACCAGCUGGACUCUUCGCAAGUCGACAGCUCCACCGACGAAGGAAUGAAUCCAAUGACGGAAAAUUCAUCGGAUAACUCAAAAGAUGCUGCAGCGUCCAUGACGAAGGAUGAUCCGAAUGAGGAUUGGUGCGCGGUGUGCAUGGAUGGAGGAGAUGCGGUACUCUGUUGUGAUAAAUGCCCGAAAGUCUUCCACUUGUACUGUCAUAUUCCUAGUUUAAAAUCAUUUCCCGACGAAAGUGAAACCUGGCAGUGCAUGUUAUGUACAAACGUGUUGGAUUGUACGGACGAUCCGCCAGGAGAGAAGAGAACGAUUUCGAUCAGCGCAAAGGAAUUGCGAAUCGCGCAAAGGAUCGUGUUGGAGCUUUAUUGCCAAUACGAGCAAAGUUUACCUUUCCGUGAAGUUGUAUCCAGCGAGAUUGUUGAUUAUCAUCGCAUUAUAAAGAAACCCAUCGCGUUAGACGUAAUUAGAGAUAAAUUGAAGCCUGAGCACCCGAAUCAUUACACAGAUCUGAGACAAGUGAUGGCAGACAUCAGACUGAUGUUUAAAAACGCUUUUACAUACAAUCCUGUGGAAUCGCAAGUAUAUCAAGAAGCACGGAAUUUAGAAGAAUUUUUUGAGAAAUUGUUAUUGAAAUGGGCACCGAACUAUGCCUACGACGAUCCUUUCCUUUCUGCCGACAAAGACGAAGACGAAGAAGUGUUCCCUCCUAACAGAAAAUAUCGACGUAUAGUUACUGAUUAAUUCUCAAUUUAAUUAAGCAUGCAACAGAGUAUAUAUUGUUCAAACGAAAUCUGAGACUUAAAGAGGUUGUACCUCUGAGCAAGAGGAGCAAGCAAUUUCCUAGCGACAUGUCCUACGCUCAAUCGUCUCGACAUUUGAAGUCCUAGAUAAUAAUUUUUUAAGAAUCUGUAUUAGUUUUCAAACACUUAGGAGAAUUACGUUUUGGAGUUACUAGACGACUCUUAAUUAUUAUUACGUUAACGUUAUUCGUGUUUUAUUAAUGAUCUUAUGAAUAUUUCCUCGAAUCUGUUUUCUAUAUUUUACUUGCAUACUUAUCGCAUAAAAUUUGUAGUUUACGAGUGAGUUUACUCACGAAUUUAAUUCUCAAAGUAUUUCAAACUUUGUAUUAUCAGUUUUAUCGAUUCGAUAUCGAUGAAAUGUUUCUCAUUCAAUUACACUGUUGAGUGGNUAUUUAU